AUGAGUAGCCUGGUGCGGACCGAACUGCUGCACGGGAAGCCCCCCUUGCUGAUGCCUGGCGGUCCCUACUCUGUAAUAAUUCUGCUGCAAGGCUACGCGGAGCCUGAGAGGCUCGGUGAUGCUGUGCGCGCUGAUGGCUCAGUGACCCUUGUCCUACCCCAAAACUGGGCCCUGGUCUCCAACCACCAAGAGCUCCCUUCCGGGGACGUCGAGGCGAAAACCGCCCUGGAAGAGGCGGCCCGUGGUCCCAUGGUCGUGGACACAGGAGGCCCCUGGGCACGGGAAGCGCUCCUGGAGGCCCUGGCGGGGCAGGGCGUGACCCCGAGAGAUGUAACUUUGGUGGUGGGGACCCACGGGCACUCGGAUCACAUCGGGAACCUGGGGCUGUUCCCGGGGGCAGCUCUUCUGGUCUCACACGACUUCUGCCUUCCAGGGGGCCGCUACCUCCCCCACGGGCUGAGCGAGGAGCAGCCCCUGCAACUGGGACCGGGUCUUGAGGUGUGGGCCACGCCGGGCCAUGGGGGUCAGAGAGACGUGAGUGUGGUGGUGGCCGGCACAGCCUUAGGCACCAUAAUGGUGGUGGGCGACGUGUUUGAACGCGAUGGAGACGAGGACUCCUGGCAGGCACUGAGUGAGGACCCGGUGGCCCAGGAGCGGAGCCGGAAGAGGGUCUUAGAUGCUGCGGAUGUGGUGGUGCCUGGUCAUGGGGCCCCCUUUCGGGUGAUCAGAGAAACCUCAUAGCCAGAAAUUAAAGGUUCGGGUCAACUUGCACUGACAAGUACUGGGAAGGAGUUGGACUCUUGCCUGGAAAGCCCUCCAGGCCAAGGAACUAGCUUCCAGGAGACUGAGAGCGGCGGACUGGCAUCUUGUAACACUUGCAAGAGGUGGUUUCCUUAG